UACUCUAUUUGCCUUUCUUCUUUUCUUUGUCUCUGAUAACCAGCCAUCACAGACAGAGGAGCACAAACUAGGGUUAGUGUGUCCAUGAAGUUCCAUGGAUAACGGUGAUAAAGGUGAUGUACCCGUGCAACUUUCGCCGGAGGCUCUCUCUUUCUUGGCUGAGGGGAUCUCCUUGGUUCUUUCCCGAUGGACUGCGCUUCAAGUGGCCAUCGAGAACGAGUGGGGUGGCAGGGACUCCUGCCAGAAAUCUGAACAACUUGCUCUCAGCAUCUUUUCUUGGUUCUCCCAAUCGAAAGAGCCACAUUACAUUGAUGAUUUAGAAAACAUGCUCGAUGAAAGCAUGGUGUUUUCUUUCAAUACUGAGAUUGAGGAUGGUAGCAUUGAGGAGGUGGCAGAAAAGUUAAUGAUUAUGCAUGAGGACUGUCUACAAGGCAAUUAUGAAUCAAUUGAAAAGCUAAGGAAAUCCAACUCUGGAAAAGAAGCCAUUUCUCAAAGCAGAAAGGUUAUAAAUGAAGAUGAUGAGGACAGCUCAGAUGACGAGGUAUCAGACAUGAUGCUUGAUGAACCAAAACCAAGAUUAAAUCCAAUUCCCAAGGCAAAGCCAGUUGAUGAGAAGCAGAUAAGAGAAACCGUAGAAGUGGAAGAUGGAUGGUCUGUAGUUGGCCCCAGAAGAAACAAGGGUAAAAGAAUUAUUAGGCCAAGUACUUAACAUGCUCUCCUAAAUCUCAAUCAGAGGAGUGCCUCUUUGUAUCCUCAAAAUGUUUACUUUUCUAAGUUUUGGUCAUAUUACUAUAUAAGACUCUUGUAAUAUGCUUUGCCGAUGGCCCAAUGAAAGGUAAUUUCUUGAUAA